AUGAAUGCGGAAUUUAUUGACGCGCUUUCGAGGGACUUUGGUAAAUUGCAAUCCGAAAAUAAUCAUCACGAUAUAAACAUCGAAGUUGGCAAACAUCCCCAUAAGAAAUCGUUUAAAGCACAUUCGAUUGUUCUUUCUGCUCGAUCUGAAUAUUUUAGAAAUGCUUUAGAAAUAGACAAAAAAGAAAAUCAACAAGUUGAAGGCGAAUUUGUAGAAAUAUCUCCUUUGAAGCAGCAAAUUAUUAAUCUUUUUGAACCUAAUAUUAUUCCAGAAUAUUUUGAAAUUUUGCUAAAUUAUAUUUAUACAGGAAAAAUAUCUUUUGAACUACACAAUCCAGAAAUUGUUUUGUACCUUCUGGAAGGCGCUUUGUAUCUUAAACUUACUGAUCUUUACAAUUUCUUGCAAACGCAUCUCGUUCAAGAUUACUCCGAAUGGAUGAAAGAGAAAUACGAAUUGAUACAAAAUAUCAUCAAAGCUAAUAAUGAUGAAGAUUUAAAAAUAUUAACGGAUUUCUGUACAAUGACACAACAAGAAAAGUUCCAGGCGAUAUUAAAAUCCGAAGAUUUUGCGAAAUUGAGCAAGGAUUCUUUAGUUACCUUGUUAAAAUACGAUGCACUUGACAUGGAUGAAAUCGAAAUUUGGGAUCGUGUUAUCGAAUGGUGUUUAGCUCGUCUUCCAAAACUUAGUAAAUCGUUGGAAGAAUGGAAUGAUUCGGAUUUCAAACUCUUAAGCAUCAAUAUUGAGCCAUUUAUCCCACACAUUCGUUUCUUUCAAAUUCCGGCCGCCAUCUUUGACGUCAAAGUUUUACGAUAUCAAAAGAGUCUCCCGGAAUACGCUUUACGUGAAAUUUUGAGUUUUCAUUUACGUCCUGGAUACAGGCCGACUAUUCUUCAAUUGCUUCCGCCCAGAGUUCGUUCUCACCUCGAAAAAAUACCCGACUACAAAACUAUCGAUUCUUUAAUUAUCGACGACAACCACAUGAAUUGGUUAUCUAACGGUAUCGAAAAUCUUUCAUUCGACACAGCCAACGAUAGAUUUGAAUAUAAAUUACUUUUACGUGGAAGUCGUGACGGUUUCACUUCCGAUGCAUUCUACAAUUUAUGUGCAAAAAAAGGUCCUACUAUCGUCGUGAUCAAAGUUGCCGAAAUCGGAGAACUUAUUGGCGGUUACAAUCCAUUGCAUUGGAGUAGCGAUGGCGGAUAUUUAAAUACUUCGAGCGCAUUUAUUUUUAAUCUUGGUAAGCAAAAUUUGCAGGGAGCUAUUUUGAGUAGAGUCGUGAAGGAAGAUGUUGCUGUUUGGUGCGGACGAGAUUGGGGUGGACAAGAAUAUGGUCCUUAUUUCGGGACAAGUGAUCUAUCUGUUGUUGGAAAGAACUGGAAAACCCAAAAAGUCUCUUUUUGUAAUCCGGCAGACUAUAAGAAUUCAAUUCUGUCUACUUUGGAUUAUUUCUCUUUUGAGGAAUAUGAGGUUUUCCAGGUUGUUAGAAAGUAA